GAAAUCCUAUCAGAAGCUUCUAUCAAUGAAAGAAACAGCAUAGUCAACCCUGUGCUUCAAAGCCAAUUGAAACAUAUCAAGGUUUCACAUAGGGUCGGCAGUCCGGUGAAUUAUGAAACAUUGAAGGAAGCAAUAUUAAACAUUAGGAAUUCUUUCAAGAACACAAAAGAUAUACCACUAUCAAUUGUCGUGAUAUCUGAUAGAGAGUGGCUCAUUGGAGAUCCAUCCCAGGCAGACAAACAUUCAGCUUAUUCCCUUCUCCUUGCUGAAAAUAUUUGCAAAAGGCAUGGUAUUAAGGUGGAAAACUUAGUUUCUGAAAUUGUUGACACGAGACUGGGAAAACAAAUUUCCAGAAUAAGGCCAUCCCUUUCGUUUAUUGGCGCAGAGGAAGUAAUGAGCCUUGUAACAGCUCAAGUGGCAGAAAGUGUUGAAUUGAAUGAAGUGUGGAAAGACAUUCUUAAUUCCGAGGGGGAUGAGAUAUAUGUGAAGGAAAUUGGUCUCUACAUGAAGGAAGGUGAGAGCCCAUCAUUUUCUGAGCUCUCUGAAAGAGCAGUUUUGCGUCGGGAAGUUGCCAUUGGUUAUGUAAAGGGAAACAAGCAGAUUAUAAAUCCAAGCAACAAGUCAGAGCCACUCUUUCUUGAAAUGACAGAUUCACUUAUUGUCAUAUCUGAGCUUGAAGGUGAACAGCCAAUCAUUGUCUAACGCAUUCUUUAUUCAUUUAAAAUAAAGGGCAUGCGCUAGCAAUUGUACAAGCGUUUGGUUAACAGCUGGUGGAGAGUCUGCUGCGUCUGUCGGGCCAAAUCAUAAAUUUCUCAAAGAUGAUCUGUACGGUACACUUCAGAAUUUUGUAGUGUUAUGACUCUGGUCUGAUGAGGUGGUUCCAACAUUCUUGAAUCUGUAAUUGACAGUUUAAGUGUUAGCAGUAUAAUCCUCAACAAUGAUAGUUAAACUCUUUUAAAUUAUAAAAUUUUGUUGCAUAUCCAACUUGGAAGUUUCUAUUUGUAGCAAAAGAAUAAUGCUUCACAAUAAGUUUGUGCCCUUUGUAAAAUUCAUUGCUUUUUUGAUGCUCUGGGCAACAGAGCAUAUUUUAUGUUCUUGUAAUUGUGUUAGGUUGUUAACUUGUAUAAUAUGUAUGUAUUUAUGCACGUAAGGGUGAAACAUCAACCCUUGUGCCAAUACGAGUUAUGCUAAGUAGUACCGUAAUGAGUCGGAUAUUUUGGAGAUAUA